CCCCCCCUCAAUAUGCUCUUCACAAGCAAGUCCCUUUUGCUCGUUCUGGGCACUCAGCUCUUGGCCGUGAGCGCCGCUCCAGUCUCGAGUGCUUCCAGCUCCGAGACCAGUAAGCCAACACCCGCUCAGUAUGGCAACUAUGGAGACUACGGCAACUACGGCAACUACGCCUCGUAUGGCACAUACAAGAGAGACGAGGUUCCAGAAGGCGAGGCCGAUGAUAUCGAGUCUACCACCACAACCACACCUACGAAAGCCCCUACCCAGACUCCUAUCAGCUAUGGCAACUACGGCAACUACGGUCAGUACGGCUCCUAUGGAAAGUACAAUCUCGAGAAGAGAGAUGACAGCAGCUCCACAACUCUCUCUACUACCGAGACACCAACUGCCACACCGAUCAGCUACGGAAACUAUGGUGAAUACGGAAACUACGGUGGCUACGGAUCGUACGGGUCGUACAAGAGGGACGAGGUCCCAGAAGCUGAAGAGAGCAAGGCUACUACUACUACUACUACCACCACCACCGCGGCCCCUACUGCUACCCCCGUGGACUAUGGAAGCUACGGUAACUACGGCAAGUAUGGCUCCUACGGAAGCUAUGGAGCUGCCGUCGCCCAAGAAUAAACUUGCAAUGACGGUUGUGACCAUGUAACACGGUCGCAGGGCUAUGUGUAACAGCUCCUAUCAAUGAAAUUUACCGGAUGGUCAAUGGUUCUGGCCCCGUGUCCGUCAGGAUGAACUGGAAACGUGAGACUACAAGGGAGAGGGCAAGCAAGGGGUAUGUCAUCGUUAUUUUGUGUGAUCGGCGAUGGUGGCCUUUUGCAAACAUUGGAUUGGAUAGUAAUACUUCGCGAGGACGAAUAAUGCAUAUUGAACAUUCUUAUCAAGCAUAAUUAAUUAGAAACAGUAUGAACGUGUGUGUUUUCGUUCCGGUGUUGGUGUUUUGAUCCGUGGUAGGGCUCACUUGGC